AUGUCGUCCCCGGCGUCGACCCCCAGCCGCCGCGGCAGCCGCCGCAGGGCCACGCCCGCGCAGACGCCUCGAAGUGAGGAUGCCAGGUCCCCUCCCUCGCAGAGACGCCGAGGCGAGGACUCGACCUCCACGGGAGAGCUGCAGCCGCUGCCCACCUCGCCCGCAGCCGACCUGCAGAGCCCUGCCGCCCAGGACACGCUGUUCUCCAGCCCGCCGCCGCUGCACGCUUCUGCUAUUCCCCUUGACUUUGAUGUGAGUUCACCACUGACAUAUGGCACUCCCAGCUCUCGAGUGGAGGGAACCCCCAGGAGUGGUGUGAGGGGCACACCCCUGAGGCAGAGGCCUGACCUAGGGUCUGCCCGGAAGGGACUGCAGGUGGAUUUGCAUUCCGAUGGGCCAGCAGCAGAAGAUACAGUAGCAAGUGAGCAGUCUCUAGGCCAAAAACUUGUGAUUUGGGGAACAGAUGUAAAUGUGGCGACAUGCAAAGAAAAUUUUCAGAGAUUUCUUCAACGUUUUAUUGACCCUCUGGCUAAAGAAGAAGAAAAUGUUGGUAUAGAUAUUACUGAACCUCUGUACAUGCAACGACUUGGGGAGAUUAAUGUUAUUGGGGAGCCAUUUUUAAAUGUAAACUGUGAACACAUAAAAUCAUUUGACAAAAACCUAUACAGACAGCUCAUCUGCUACCCACAGGAGGUUAUCCCAACUUUUGAUAUGGCUGUCAAUGAGAUCUUUUUUGACCGUUACCCUGACUCAAUCUUAGAACAUCAGAUUCAAGUAAGACCAUUCAAUCCAUUGAAGACUAAGAAUAUGAGGAACCUGAACCCAGAAGACAUCGACCAGCUCAUCGCCAUCAGUGGCAUGGUCAUCAGAACAUCCCAGCUCAUUCCGGAGAUGCAGGAGGCCUUCUUCCAGUGCCAGGUGUGUGCCCACACCGCCCAGGUGGAGAUGGACCGCGGCCGUAUCGCUGAGCCCUGCGUGUGCGAGCGCUGCCACACCACCCACAGCAUGGCGCUGAUCCACAACCGCUCCGUGUUCUCCGACAAGCAGAUGAUCAAGCUUCAAGAGUCUCCUGAAGAUAUGCCUGCAGGCCAGACUCCUCACACCGUCAUCCUUUUUGCUCACAAUGAUCUUGUUGACAAGGUUCAACCUGGGGACAGAGUGAAUGUUACAGGCAUUUACCGAGCUGUGCCUAUUCGAGUCAAUCCAAGAGUGAGUAAUGUGAAGUCUGUCUACAAAACCCACAUCGAUGUCAUUCAUUAUCGAAAAACUGAUGCAAAACGUCUGCAUGGCCUUGAUGAAGAAGCAGAGCAGAAGCUUUUCUCAGAAAAGCGUGUGGAAUUGCUUAAGGAACUUUCCAAAAAACCAGACAUUUAUGAGAGACUUGCUUCAGCCUUGGCACCAAGCAUUUAUGAACAUGAAGAUAUAAAGAAGGGGAUCUUGCUUCAGCUCUUUGGUGGAACAAGAAAGGAUUUCAGUCACACAGGAAGGGGCAAAUUUCGUGCUGAGAUCAACAUUCUGCUGUGCGGUGACCCUGGGACCAGCAAGUCCCAGCUGCUGCAGUAUGUGUACAACCUGGUCCCCAGGGGCCAGUACACGUCUGGAAAGGGUUCCAGUGCUGUGGGUCUCACUGCGUAUGUAAUGAAAGACCCCGAGACGAGGCAGCUUGUGCUGCAGACUGGUGCCCUUGUCCUCAGUGAUAAUGGGAUCUGCUGUAUUGAUGAGUUUGACAAGAUGAAUGAAAGUACAAGAUCAGUAUUGCAUGAAGUCAUGGAACAGCAGACCCUUUCCAUUGCAAAGGCUGGGAUUAUUUGUCAGCUUAAUGCACGCACUUCUAUCCUGGCAGCAGCAAAUCCUAUUGAGUCUCAAUGGAAUCCUAAAAAAACUACCAUUGAAAAUAUCCAGCUACCGCACACGUUAUUAUCAAGGUUUGAUUUGAUCUUCCUCAUGCUGGAUCCUCAGGAUGAAGCCUACGACAGGCGUCUGGCUCACCACCUUGUCGCUCUUUACUACCAGACUGAGGAGCAAAUGGAGGAGGAGUUCAUGGACAUGGCAGUGCUAAAGGAUUACAUUGCGUACGCUCACAGCAUGGUCACCCCUCGGCUAAGCCAGGAAGCCAGCCAAGCUCUCAUUGAGGCUUAUGUAGACAUGAGGAAGAUUGGCAGUAGCCGAGGAAUGGUCUCUGCAUACCCCCGACAGCUGGAAUCUUUGAUUCGCUUAUCAGAAGCCCAUGCUAAAGUGCGGUUUUCAAGCAAAGUUGAAGCAAUUGAUGUGGAAGAGGCAAAGCGCCUGCAUCGUGAGGCUCUAAAGCAGUCUGCCACUGAUCCCCGGACUGGCAUUGUGGACAUAUCUAUUCUUACUACAGGAAUGAGUGCCACCUCACGUAAACGGAAAGAAGAGUUAGCUGAAGCAUUGAGAAAACUUAUUUUAUCUAAAGGGAAAACGCCAGCUCUAAAAUACCAGCAACUGUUUGAAGAUAUUCGAGGACAAUCUGACAUAGCAAUUACCAAAGAUAUGUUUGAAGAAGCAUUGCGUGCCCUGGCUGAUGAUGACUUCUUGACAGUAACUGGAAAAACUGUUCGCUUGCUCUGA